CCCACCUACCAACGUCGCUUUCUCACUCUUCUGCCUUUCUGUGUUCUAACGAACAUGAACGGUUUGGUGCUGGUGAUCCUGUUGAUCGGCCUGGCCUCAGGCCAGGAGGGAACACAGGAAUUGAAGAAAGAAGACUCCCCUCUUCCUUCGGUGGAAGAAUUUCCAAAGGCAGAUGCGCUUCUCGCCAGAGGUUCUGGUCCUUCCAAUCCCCAACCUCCUCCUCCUCCUCCUCCUCCCCCGAAUGAAAGCCCCCCGCCGAAAUCUUCGGCUUCGUCGCCGUCGAAGUCGGGGACCGACUUUCGUUAUCCCAGAGACUACGAUCCGAUGUUUUCCCGCAUCGGGCCGCCGUCUAACUUCAACCCCGACGGCGACAGUUACGUCAUCACGCAGGAGAGGCUGUCGCAGAUCCGGGAACCCCUCAUGUACCCCUAUUACGACGGUGGGGUACAAGACGAAUUCUGGGGGGAGAACGAUUACCAGGACAACUUCAACUCCGGUACUUCCCUGCUAGACAAGAAACUCAACUUCCUGCUUCCCUUCUUCGGCUUCGCAUUCAACUAUACCUGGAUCUCUCUGAACGGGUACGUGGGCUUCUCGGACAACCUGCGGGUGAUCCGGAGUUACCCGUUGCACUUCCCCACCGAGACGUGGCCGCACGACAACGACCCCAGCUUCAUGGGUCCCUUCUUCUCCGAAUGCCGGAUCGGCCUUCUCCGGGGCGACGAGGCCAACUUGAAGAAACCCGGCGUCUACUUCCGCGUGGAACGGGAUCUCCAGGCGAGAAAGGACCAGUUCGGCGUGGAACUCCGCGAGAGACUCCGCUGGGACAUUCGAGAAGGGAUGAUCGGCUCCGAGAUCUUCACUCCCAAACACGCCUUCAUCGUCACCUGGAAGAACGUCACCUUCAACGGUGGACAGAAGCCUAAUGCUCUAUACGUCACGAACACGUUCCAGUUGGUGGUGACAACGGACGAGGUGAUGACGUAUGCCAUGUUCAACUACGAAUGGCUGGGCUGGACCACUCACACGGGAGCCGGAGGUUCCUCGGACGACGGACAGGGUGGAACUCCCGCAUACGUCGGGUUCAACGCUGGAAACGGGAGUCGCGCCUUCGAGUACAAGCCCUUCUCUCAGUUGACGACCAUCCGGGACCUGACGAGUACCGGAAACGCGAACGGGAAACCCGGACGACACAUGUUCCGCGUCGACGAAAAGAUCUACCCUGGAUCCUGCAACCCCGAUCCCCAGGGGACAAACCUGCCGCUGGUGUUCGCACCGGAAAACGGAAACAUGUUGGGAGGAACCGUGGUGAACGUGACCGGGCCGUGUUUCACGCCGGGGCAACGCGUGACGUGCCGCUUCGAGGACUGGGACGUGGAAGGGAUCGUCGUGGACAGCAACCGUGCCUCUUGCGUCAUGCCGAGGAUGUCCAUCUCCGGUUACAUCGACUUCGCCGUCUCCCAGGAUGGAGGUCCCUACUAUUGGAAGGGGAAAUUCUUCGUCGAAACACCUAUGUUGGCGCCGGAGGGGAUCUGGUUUACCAACCUGGAAUAUCAGAGUAAGAACCCCGGUCUGGUUCACAUUCAAUGGGCGAAAUUCAACUUGACCAAGGACGAAAGUGCCAAGGUUCAGAUCUCCAUCUGGGGAUACAAAGAGGACACCAUCGACCCGAAACUCUACUGGAUCGAUAUGAUCGAGGAAGGUACAUCGAACACUGGGGAUUACAAGAUCAUCCCCCAAGACUUCGUCGGCCGGAAUAACCGGGAACUUUCAGAUUUCACGUUCGGGAUGAUCCAGGUGAACCUGACGGACCCGCUCAGCGUGCUCAAGCUGAAGAACACCCCGGUGUUGUGGAGCAAGCCCAUCCCUCUGGGAUGGUACUUCGCUCCGCAAUGGAGGCGGCGGUACGGGGACAACUGGGCCAAUGCCCUGUGCAACAAUUGGAUCUCGGUGGAUCGGGCCAUGAAGCUCUUCACCUACGAAAUCCCGAAAUGCCCUUGUUUGAUCGAGCAGGCCGUCGCCGCCAAAGGAUACUUCGCGCCUGAUCUGGAAUGCGACAAGGACGGAAACACGGAAUGCCUCUGGCAUCAGGGGGCUCAGCAUUGCAUUCGAUCCGGAAUGGCCAAUAAGGACGCAGCAGGCCAACAGUGCUGCUACGACCGAGAGGGAUACCUCAUGAUGACCACGGACACUCAAUGGGGUGGAAAUCCCCACAGGGCUCACGAUUUCGGCAUGAUCCCCUACUACGAAGCCAAUAAGGUCCCGACACUCUCUCACUAUUACCACGACAUCAUCCCCUUCUACUUCUGCUGCAUGUGGCAACACGAACAGAGCGAAGGGUGCACCUCGUUUCGAUUCGAACGCAGGAUUUCACAGGAUUGCGUCGGGUAUCAACCGCCCGGCACGGCUGCCGUAUACGGUGACCCUCACUUCCACACAUUCGACGACACGGAAUACACUUUCAACGGGAAAGGGGAAUUCGUGCUGGUGAGGGCGAACUCGAACAAGCAAAAACUGGACGUGCAAGGACGCUUCGAGGCCGUUCAUCCCAAUCGACUUCAUGAAUCCAAGGCGACAAUGCUCACCUCUAUUGCAGCCAGGGACAACGUAUCGUCGACGGUAGAAGUGAGACUUCGCCCGAAAGAGGGACAAUGGAGAUACCGAUUGGACGUGAUCGUGGACCACCGAUUCUUCUACUUCGACCGAUACCCGCAGAAGAUCCAGGCCUUCAAAGGAGUGACGGUGUACGUACCGACGAACAUCCUGAACCAGAGCCACGUGGUGGUGAUGUUCCAGUCCGGGGCCGGCAUCGAAGUGGUCGAAAAUCGAGGAUAUCUUACCGCCAGAGUCUAUCUCCCUCUCUCCUUCAUUAAUCAGACCAGAGGUCUAUUUGGAAAUUGGAGUUUCAACAUGGAGGACGACUUCCAGCUUCCCGAAGAUGAUCCCAACAACUACCUCAGCAUGGACAUGAGCAAUCUAGACAGGAUUCACAACGCAUUCGGCAUGAAAUGGAUAUUGGACGAUAAAGAGGAUCCAUACAAAGGAAAAUCCCUCUUCUACCACGAACAUGGGAAGAGCUCCAAUUUCUACUUUGACGAAACGUUCUUGCCGGAAAUGGAUAUCGAACCGGAAAUCCCGACCAACGUGACCUUGACCCCUUCGGAAGUGCGAAAGUUCUGCGGAGAAUCCUAUCAAUGCUACUUUGACUAUGCCGUGACCAUGGACAGAGAGUUUGCCAAGUGGAGCAAACACUAUCAGGAUGAAUUCGUCAACAUCAAGAAAUAUGGUCUUCGCAAGGUGACAUCGUGUGGUGCAUUGCCUAUCCCGAAACACGGGCGGAAGAGCACAUUUGCCUUCACUGUCGGAACGGAAGUGAAAUUCGACUGCGAUCCUGGUUUCAUCUUGACGGGGGAGAGGAGACGAUGGUGCUAUGCCACCGGAGAAUGGAGUCACCCAGAAGAAGGCCGAUCCUACUGCAUGCCGGAGGACGAGUUCUACGCACGACAGGCAGGGAUCACGUCAGGGAUAGUGCUGGCAGUGAUCGUGCCCAUCGUAGUCCUUGCCGUCUGCUUCCUCCUCACCAUCAGAAAGAGGAGACGCGAGAGAGUUGAAGGAAUGGGUGAACGGGAGAGGUUCAUGAAGGCGCCACCGCCUGUCGCCUUUUCCACCCCGGCGUUCUCUCAUUCGCCGAGAUCCGAUCCAUCCCCGCCGAGCUCUCAGUCCGACCACUCCCGGCCGACUUCCUCUCCCGAUUCAGCCAAUCCAAGGACGACGGUGGAACCGCGCUUUCGCGGAGGCGCCUAUUACACCGGGGAACCUUUGCCCAAUAAAUUGAAUGCUGAAUUUUAUGACUACGACGAGGGGGAUUCAACCCAUUCUUCACGAACUGAGUGAAAAGGGAUUUCUGCCUCUCAAGUGGUGAUUUAUUUCUUCUUUUUUUUUUUAUACGUGCACCGACUGAUUUUUUUUUUAUACGUUGGUACGAUGAAGAGCGACUUCUCUGCGUGUCCCCGGCACAGUUACACAGGAGAUAUGGAUGAGAAAAUUUUAAAUGCCUUCUAUGUAAAUUCGACUUACAGAAAAAAUCACCACUGGAGUGGGACUCCCUUAAAAAAAAACUUUAAAAGAUGAAUAUUUAAUCCAUAUUUCCUAUGUUUCUGUUUUAGCCGAGGAUGAAUUUUACGCGAGGCAAGCCGGGAUCACAUCCGGGAUCGUGUUGGCCGUUCUCAUUCCCAUUGCCAUUCUGGGUAUCUGCCUCGUGAUCCAAAUCAGAAGGCAGAGAAACCAGCCAUCGGGUCCCUAUGUCAACAGUAUCGGCCCAAUCAUAACAGAGAAGUCGCCUUCAUCGCCAGGGAAAGAAACCGAGGCCUGAGCCUUGUGAGUCAUAUCUGUACAAAAAUUCCCUCAUCGCUCAUGGUCUCUUUUUCCGUCAUGUGCUCUGCUCUAUCUGUUCUUGUGAUCCCAUGGUCAUACCCGAGUGAGUACUUCAAUUGGACUUGGAAAGUUAGAGUACAUGCUGAGGUCACCCUCGCCUCAAGUUUCGUAACGAUGUAGUACGGUGAUUUGUCGCAAAAAAUGCUUGAUAAUGAAAUAAAGUUGUUUUGAUAGUC